AUGUCUUCCCGACGGAAUAGUAAAGACUACGAAGGGGAUGCUUUCGAUGACGCCCCCGAAGCCCCUAAUACGCUCUCCGUUUCCAUUCCACAGAGUGCUUCCACGCGAUCUCUAACAGACAGCCCUCCAAGCGCCUCGGCACCUCCCCCUCAAUUACCUCCUGCUUCCCAAGACGAGGAGAAGAAAGAUAUCGAGUCCGAAGAUGCUCUUUCAGAUCGACCGUCGGAAUCGGAGGAAACUCCUCGCAAACAGAAGAUUCACAAGUCUCCCUUGUUGACGGCUCACCGUCUGUCCACCACAUCCCUCGACGAGGUAAACCUGGCCGGCGGGGGCAAGGAAGACGGACCCGAAGACGGAAACGACGAUUUCAAGCUCACAUCUCCACCCCCGUUACCCUCCAGGGACUCAACAUCGACACAGGGCUCCCGCCUGCAGGGGUUGUCCGGAAAUCGGGAGGUGAAGUCGCCUCCUCCGCCGCAAACCAACCGUCGGAACACCGCCGCAUCUGUAUCGACACUCUCCAGCAACCCAGAACUGGCCGGCCGGUUCCCAGAUGGAGACGAUGCAGAUGGUGUCAGAAGACCGAGGGUGAAUAGUCUGAAGGAUCAAUUCAAGAUGCUUCGAAUGCGGGAGGAAGGUCUAGUUCCGGAGAAUGACGGUGCAAGUGUCGCGUCAGGACGUGGAAGUAUCAGUCAUUCCGCCGGAAGCCCUCCUCCAAGCAUCCCUGAAGAAGGCGUGAAUGACUCCGCGCCAGUCUCGGCAACUUCGCCGCCGAAUGUCCCCUCAACCGUCAACCCCAAUCUCGCGCCUGGGACAGUGUCCGGCUUCUCAGCUUCGGCAACGGACGCAUCGGCCCCUGUGGACUGGGAGAUGUGGCAACAAUUGGUCAAUCAUGGUGCCCAGGCUUUGAAAGGCGCCCAUGCGGAAGAACUGAACGCGGCUAUCAAACGAGGAAUUCCCCAGACUAUUCGAGGUGUCAUCUGGCAAGUCCUGGCCGAGAGCAGGAACCCCGAGCUUGAGGACACUUACAGGGAGCUCGUUGCCCGGGGCACCGACAAGGAAAAGCCACGGUCCCCCAAUGGCACUCUCAAUGGCAGCGCAGAAAAGGAUUCAGUGGCUUCGUCGUCUCGCUCGUCUAUUCGUUCAGAACGCUCAGCCUCCGUGGCCCAAUCGAUCAAUGGAACGUCACCGAGUCCUUCGCACGAAGUUGAUCCCGAGAAGUUGACCAAGGAGCAAGCGGCUAGCGAGGCAGCUCGAAAGAAGAAGGCAAAGGAGGAUGCAGCUGCUUUGCAGAAGCUAGAAAAGGCUAUCCGACGCGACCUUGGAGCUCGCACCAGCUAUUCUCGCUACUUUGUCUCGCAGGGAAAUCAGGAAAGUUUAUUUGGCUUAUGCAAGGCAUACGCAUUGUAUGACGAGGCUGUUGGAUAUGCCCAGGGCAUGAAUUUUAUCGCUAUGCCGUUGUUAUUCAACAUGGACGAGGUAGAGGCAUUCUCGCUUCUUGUCAGGCUAAUGAACCAUUACGGCUUGCGAGAGAUGUUCAUCCAGGACAUGCCCGGACUUCACAGGAGCCUGUAUCUCUUUGAGCGUCUUCUUGAGGAUAUGGAGCCCGCCCUCUGCUGUCACCUUCAUCGGCGUGGGGUCAAUCCUAAGUUGUACGCAACUCAGUGGUUCCUGACCCUCUUCGCCUACCGGUUUCCCUUGCAGCUGGUUCUUCGCGUCUAUGACCUCAUCUUCGAGGAGGGACUGGAGACUACCAUUUUGAAGUUCGCGCUUGCUAUUAUGCGCCGAAAUGCGGAAACUCUUCUAGGCAUGAAAGACAUGACCCCGCUGACGACAUUCCUCAAGGAGCGGUUGUUUGACGUCUAUAUUGACAAGCAGCCAUCGCCGUCCUCGAUCCUGGAGUCUGGGUUCUUUGGCAGCUCGGGAGCCGCUGACAAGGAGAUCUAUCGUGCCGACAUUCUAGUCCAAGAUGCAUGUGCCAUUGUGCUGGAGCCUGAAACCAUCCGUGCGUAUACAGCUGAAUGGGAGGAGAAAGUACGGUCAGAAAAGGAGCGCGAGCAGGAGCUAGAAACCCUGAGGUACACUGUGGCGACGCAGAGCGCUCGCGUUCGGCUACUUGAAGAGCAGGCGGAAGCCUCUGACAAGGAACACGUUCAGCUUGCCUCGGAACUCAUCCACCUGAAGGUCGAAAAUGAAGAACUGACCGACAUGAAUGAUGCGCUCAAGAUGCAAGUCACGGAGCUGAAGAAUGUGGUGGACAAGCAGCCAGCCGAGGUGGAAGAGAAGCUUCGGACUGAAAUGGACCGCAUCAUGAAACGGAACCUGGAGGUGCAGAACGAGAAUCGGUCCUUGGUUGAACAGAUGGCGGAGAUGGAGAAGGAGCUCGUCCAAACCAAGAUGGAAUCGGCUGAGGUCCACGAGAAGUACGAGAACCUCCAGCAGAAAUGGAACGAUCUCCGAAGGGCUCUUGAUUAG